AUGGGAAAUUGUUUACGCCGCGAAUCGUCCAUGCAAUGGGGCGGCGAUGACUGGGGCUCACCAGUGCCGGACCGGUUUUUUUCUAGCAACGGAAGCAGCAGGCUUGACAAUAAGAUCAUGAGUAUAGAAGAGGAGGAGCUUCUUGGAGACGACAAACGCUUAUUAACAUCUUCAACUACAUCAAGUACAGAAGUAAAGUUCAAGAUUACAAAGAAACAGCUGGAGGAGCUGCUGAGCAGGGUUGACAUGAAAGAAUUAUCAGUAGAACAAGUUUUGGCUCAGUUGAUGAACGUCAGCUCGGAACGAUAUGAGUCCCAUCAACGGUCGUGGAGGCCUAAUCUGCAGAGUAUUCCUGAGUGA